GCUCUGCCCGCCGUGCCCGCUGUGCCCGCGCCCGCGGGAGGGGUCGCCGCACGCACCGCCGCGGAGCCGGGAGCGCGGAGCCCGGCUGCAGGGGGCCCACGGCCCGCGUCCCGACCGGAGAGGCGACCCCAAGCUGCCAAGAUGUGAACGUGAGGAAGGACGCAGGAAGCAACAGAGAUGCCGUGCGCCCGCAGUGCCGUUGCAAUUAGACUGGCUAGUUUGUAUCUCAUGGUGCACGUCGGGCCCUCGCUGGGUGCGCCGGAGGCUUCGCUUGCGUCUUCAGAUGAGUCUUGCAUUUUCAGCCUGACCUUGAGGAAAUUCCGGCCAAUAUUAUCCUGGGAAUUAACAAACCGCUCCAUUGUCCCAACGCACUACACGCUGCGGCACACGAUCAUGAGUAAAGGAGCAGACCUGGAGCUGGUGCCGGGGUGCGCCAACAUCACGCGGCCCUCCUGCGACGUCACGCACGCGUGGCGCAGCCUGGUCGAGACAUACCUGCCCUGGGUCAUCGGGUCCCGGGGGAGCGCCACACUGGUCAACUGCAUGGGCAAGGUCUCCCCGGUCCUGGAAAUGAUUUUGGAACCCCCCGAGUUUGAGAUCGUUGGCUUUGUGGACCACAUUAACGUGAUACUGAGAUUUCCACCCUCCUUGCCCAAGUUGCCGCCUGGGGAAGGACUAUGGCUUCGCCUGUCACUUUCCAUAGAAGAGGAGUCAGAGGGGAUUGUGAGGCAGCAUCUGCUCAAAAUAGAUGAACGCACCACUGGAAACUUCACUUACGUCAUCGACAAGCUCAUUCCAAACACGAACUACUGUGUGUCUGUUUAUUUGAAGUCUGAGAAUCUGUCUAAACUACUGAGAUCUCCCUGGAAGUGUACCCGCCUCCCACCCAGACCGGAGUCAGUGUCCUCGGAGUCUGCCGGCAUCGGAGGCCUGACGGUUCUGUUUCUGAUGGCCAUCCUCGGGGGCGCCGUCGCGGUGCUGAGGCGGACCGGUUACAUUUGCUUACGAAGCAAGUUCCCCACAGUGUUGAACUUUGAUGGCGUGGCCAUCUGGGCGUUCCCCAAGCUGCCGCCCCUGGAAGCUGUGGCCGUGGCGGAGGUCAUUCACAUCCACAGGAAGAGGAAGGUGUGGGAUUACAGCUACGACGACGAAAGCGACGGGGACGAGGAGGCCGCCCCCCGAGCCAGCGGCGGGGGCUACACCAUGCACGGGCUGGCAGUCAGGGCUCUGUGCCCGGAUUCCCCUUCCUCGGCCACCCUGGGGGGCAGCGAGGAAGCCGAGUCCCUGAUGGCACCCGGGCCCGAGCCCUGGCCCGCCGAGCGCACGAGUGGGGCCUACGAGGGGAAGGGGACCUGGGGGGCCCAGAGCACGAGUGAGGCCUCCGAGGAGGAGGGGACCUGGCCGGCGGACCCCUUUCCCAGGGAGGACAGCGGCCCCAGCAAGAGCCCCGGGGACCGGAUCUUCUUCAAUGUGGACUUGAACUCCGUGCUUGUGAGGGUCCCCGACGGGGAUGGCUCCGCAGCGCCCGCCGGGCUCUGUCUCCCGGAGGAGACGGUGGACUCUGACGACCCCGAGGACAGCGCCGGGGGGCCUGAAGACGCUCCUUUUGAUGAAAAUGACACCUCCAGGUCCGACGUGGGCAUCGGGGACGGUUAUAUGAUGAGAUGACCCCAAAAUAUGGGCUUACCCGGCAGCUACCUCCCCACCCCUGGCUGCUCCUGUGGCGGGCAAGUGUUGGGAGGGGGGCAGAGCGCCCCCUUCCUGGGACGUUACCUGUGCAAAUCCCCGUGGGGAGGGGAGACCCAGUGCCAUCGUGUGGUCACUGGGGCCUCUCACAUGUUCAGAGGGACAGGCCUUGGAGGGAAUGCCCUGUCCUCUGUUCACGCACUGAUCCCGUUCCUGCCUCAGUUUCCCUAAGGAGCAGGGUCCCCUGGGGUUUCCAGGGGUGGCCCAGGGCCCUGGGGAGUAAGCAGACAGCCAGGCCACCGCAGUGGCUGGAGUGUCCACAGUGGCUCCUACAGGCUCCAGGACAGAGCAGGGAAAGAGCCUGAGGGAGGAGCCAGGAGGCCUUCCUGGCCUCGGGAGAAUGAAGGCCUGAGGUUUCUGGUCCUUUAGCCAUUUAAGACGCGGCCAUGUGUGUUGACACCCAAUGCCCUACUUGUGACGACAGUCCUGUGACUGGGGGUAGGGGCAGGCUCCAGAGCCUCAGUAGCAGACACCCAGGACUGGGACUCCUGCUUCUGAGCCCAUUGUGCUGUGUGGCCCUGAGCACUUUGCUCAGCCUCUCUGAGCCUGUGUACUCACUUGUGAAAUAAGGAGACUGGACAAGGUCAUCUCCAAGACCCUGUGAUGCUGGGAGAAAUAUUAGGAAACUAGAGGCCCAGUGCAUGAAAUUCGUGCACGGGUAAGGUCCCUAGCAGCUGCCAGCUGCUGGCCGGGGCCUGCCUUCAUUCCACGCCGCCUUCUGGUGGUCAGCGCACGUCAUAGCGAGCAAUCGAAUUCCCAGUUGGUCAAACUCCCAAGGGGACACUUUGCAUAUUAGGCUUUUCUAUAUAUAGAUACACAGGCCUGAUGACAGGCGGAGGGGCACAGCCCAGGAGGCUCUGGGGUGAAGGGAGGGUAUAGAACCCCCUGACCUUGGUCCCUCACCCAGAAUCAGGGUCCUCAGACCUUCCUUCUGGAUCCUUCCAAGGAGGGAACAAAGUUUACAGCAGUCCUACUAGGCCAAGGACUUUGAAUAGAUUAUUUUCUUGUUGCUCUAAAGUAACUCAAAGGACGGGUCCGAGAGAGGGGUGGUGUCGAUCUGAUGGGUUCUGUAGCAAAUGGACAGAGUCAUAGACCAGCGGUCGCCAACCUUUCGGACCUCACGGACCACCGGUCGGCAGUCACUGUCGUAGACGCUGUCCAUGUCUCUGGCGGUCAGCCGCACUGUGGGAGAUUUCCAGAGUGACCUUUCCCGGAAACCUCUCUUUGGCAGCAUGUGUACCUGUGUUUUUAAAUUUUGUAUAAGGGUUGGAGGUUGGGAAAGGAUAAUACAGAGAUACUUUUUAAUAGAAA